CUGCAGUGCUCGUGUCUAUGCGUGUGCGUUUGCGUGUGCGUGUGCGUGCCCUGCCUGCCACAGGGAGAGAGAGGGAGAGUAGAGAGAGAGGGGGGAGUAGAGAGUCUGCUGGGAGCUACAUGGUGCUCAAUUUUUCAAGAUGUCGUCGCUGGAGCAGAGGCUGUCGCGAAUCGAGGAGAAGCUCAAGCUGGAGAAUGAAGAAGCUCGCCGGAGGAUCGACCUGCACAUCGACAUGAGCCCGCAGCGGUCACGUCCCAGGCCUAUCAUCGUGAUCCAGCUCAGUCCUGCUCCAGCCCCUUCCCAGCGUGCAGCGCUCCAGCUGCCACUGGCCAAUGACGGAGGCAGCCGGUCAUCGUCUUCAGAGAGCUCGCCUCAGCACCACCCCUACCCCGCCCGCCCGCGACACAUGCUCACCCUGCCCACACCCCCGUAUGGCCUACAGAAGAGUCUAGAGAAUGCAGAGAUUAAUCAGAAACUGCAGGAGAUCAUGAAACAGACUGGUUAUCUGAAGAUUGACGGUCAGCGGUAUCCAGCCGAGGUGACAGACCUGAUUAGUGAGGGGGAGAUCGGCAGUGGGACCUGCGGACAGGUUUUCAAAGUACGAUUCAAGAAGACAGGCCAUGUCAUCGCUGUCAAACAAAUGCGUCGUACAGGAAACAGAGAUGAGAACAAGAGGAUUCUGAUGGACCUGGACGUUGUGCUGAAAAGUCACGACUGCCCUUAUAUCAUCCAGUGCUACGGCGCCAUAGUUACCAACACGGAUGUAUUCAUUGCCAUGGAGCUAAUGGGAACAUGUGCGGAGAAGCUGAAGAAGAGAAUCCAGGGCCCCAUCCCAGAGCGAAUUCUAGGAAAGAUGACAGUUGCAAUAGUGAAAGCGUUACAGUACCUAAAAGAGAAACACGGUGUCAUUCACCGGGACGUCAAACCCUCCAACAUCCUGCUGGAUGCUAAAGGUCAGAUCAAACUUUGUGAUUUCGGCAUCAGUGGACGCCUCGUCGACUCCAAGGCCAAGACCCGCAGUGCUGGCUGUGCCGCCUACAUGGCGCCAGAGAGAAUAGACCCUCCAGAUCCAACCAAACCUGACUAUGACAUCCGAGCAGAUGUGUGGAGUCUUGGCAUCUCUCUGGUGGAGCUGGCUACAGGACAGUUUCCCUACAAGAACUGCAAGACAGACUUCGAGGUUCUGACCAAAGUGCUGCAGGAAGAUCCUCCAACGCUGCCUCUCGGCAUGGGCUUCUCCCUCGACUUCCAGUCCUUCGUCAAAGAAUGCCUCACAAAGGAUCACAGAAAAAGGCCAAAAUAUCACCAGCUGCUGGAGCUGAGUUUCAUCCAGCGUUAUGAGGUGCUGGUGGUGGAUGUGGCCGGUUGGUUUCAGACGGUGAUGGAGCGCACCGAGUCGCCUCGCAGCAGCCAGUGUUACAGCCAUCAACACCAGCUCCACUCGCUCUUCAGUAGGUAGCCUAGCCCAGCCCGAAGUGAGCUUAGCCAUACGCUAGUCUAGCCUAGCUCUAGCUUUGCCAAGCCCAGACUCAAGUCUGUCCUAGUCUAGCCCAGCGUCAUCAGCUAAGCCUAGCGUUAGACCCAGCCCACCAGUCCAUCUGUCCACCGGAGAGCCCGGAGAAGAGGAGGAAGCAACGGAGGACUCUAGAUGGACAGAUGGACAAAGAGAUGGAAUGAAGGAUGGAUAGACGACACAGGUGGUUCUCUUUGUAACAACAUCAUAUCUGGACAGGCAGACACGGGGAGGAGGGAGCAGAAAAGGGCCCGACACUGUAGUUAGCUUCUUUUAUGUACCCACUGUUACGUCUCGUUACACUAUGUCUCACACGCACACACUUAAAUGCAAACAUUUGUGUGUCUUUUAUGUGUUUAUACAUUUCCUACAUUAGUUUGUCACCUACACGUCUGUCUCCAGCAUUGAUCCAAGCCAUUGGAUCAGUAAACAGCGUAGUCUCUACACACUGGAACAAAGCAUCUGCUACAUUAGCACUCACGGGUCACUCUUGUACAUAAACGUUAAGGAGGACACCGCAGUGCAAUUAUGGCUCUUCAGGUGUUUCUACUAUCACACACUCUCAGGCUGUAUCUGUGUGUGUUUGUGUCUGUGAGUGAGCAUUUCCAUGUAUGUGUGUGUGUUUGUGCGCGUGUGUGAGAGAUAUCCUGACACAGUCACUGGUUGUUUUUAUAGGAUUAUAUUUGCUAGUCAUUUAUUCAUCUUCACACUACAGCCCUAACAAGUUCACCUGUAGGCUCAUUUUUAACACAUAACAAUAGUAGUUAUUAUUAACUGUGCUAUGAAACAUGUUUAGAAUCAUUGUAUUUAGCUGCGUAAUUGGAAAAAAACACAACGAAAAAGACUCACAAAAAAAUUAGUGUUGCAUUCCAGAUUUGCUUUGUGUUUGUGAGUUAGAGGAACUUAAAGAGAUAUGGAGGGAUGUUUAAAAGAGAGAAGAGGAUGUGGAGAGGGUAGAGUCCAACUCUUUUUAGAAGUGCUGGAGAAAAAUCAAGGGUGGGAGAUGUACGCUCAUCGAUUACCAUUUGAAGGACUGAAUAUCCGUUACUGGUGCAAGAAAGUAGAGAGAGGUUGAAGAUAAUGUAGAAGUGCGUUAUGAUCGAGAAGGCGUUCGGAAAAGAGAGUAUCUUGUACAAAGGAUCAAAAUGGAUUGUAUGGUAUUUCUUGACUUCACUCCCUGUUUGUCUACCUCUCUGUCUGCCUCUGCUGUUUAGAGUAUUGUACUGCAACACAGUGUUUUCAGACCAAAGGCUGCUCGUAGCGUGUUGCUGGUGGAGGCCGAGCAAUCUAGACCUGACAUUAUGCAACCUCACAGACAAGUCUUGAGAUAAAAUAUUUAGGUGUUUUUUGGAGAGCAGGGGAUUCAGUUAACUGGCCCAGGUUAAGCAUUGAUUGUUAAACACAACCAAUUUAUCAUGGUUCAUUUUAGUUUUAUCCCUUCCCUGAGGUUUUUGUGUGUGUCAGUCUCACACAGUAGGCCUAUGGUUUUUUUCCCCUCUCUUUUCCUUAGUGUUGGAAAAUAGUAAAAAUGUAAAGCUCAGCAGAUUCUCAGGGUCAUUAUUGCUAGUUUGUUGUUCCUCCCCCUGAACAAAUGAUCAGAAAUCCAAUCAGUUAUUUUGUGUAAACUUGCUCAUUAACAUACAAGAUAACCAACAAACAAAUUGAGUGGGUGGAGGUGAUUGUUAUCAAAAUAAUUUCAGUUUUCUGUUGAUCACCUAAACUGAUUGAUCAAGCAGUGGAUACCUACUAUUAGCUGAGAUUUACAGCUCUCAGAUUUAGCAUUGUGUUCUUGACUCUGACAUGGACACUGAAUCUGGAGAAUUGAACUGAACUGGUUAACGUAACUUCAGAGCACUGGUUUACAGAGACUGACUGACUAGAGUCCUACUGCCUCCCCUUGGUACAGGGCCAUAGCCAAAGCCUGCUAAGUAUGCAGACUCAAACCUCCUACCCCCCAUCGUGCACCAAACCAAAUCACUGGCACACACAGAGACCUGAGGAGCGGCGUUGAUCGAGACAGGAAACUGUAAAGUGACAGAGAGAGGAUGAGAGAUGCAGGAAUGUUGUCAAGAUGGUAGAAGAGAUGAGUGGAAAUGAAAGGACAGGAAAACGAGCGGAGAGGACAGAGUGAGGUGAGAAGGAAGAUGGGGAGUAUUACGAAAGUGGAAUGGGAUGUUGAAGAAAAGUCUGAGUUGGAAGACAGGAAGUAAGAGAUUGAAAAAGGGAGACAGGAAACGGGGAUGGAAAUCAUCAGGCUUAGUUUCACAGGGCGGCCAAGCUCUGAGGCCAGCUGGGUUUUGUAAAAAGCUUUCAUUGUGAUACACCAACCUACCAAUUUUGAUUCUAGUCAGUUAGUUACCUUUUUGUGUUUAUGUUUUAUUUAUUACAUUGCUACUGCUGCUAUGUUUUAUUGCUUUAGACGCUGCUGUCACCUCUUUUCCCCAAAGCAUACAUUUUCUUCCAAGCCAAAUAAAUGAAAUAAUGCAAAGUCUGCACGUUUUACCAAAUACUGAAGCGCAAGUGUGAAGAGGGCAAGAGCAAGUGAGAGGUUGUGAGAUGGAUUAGGAGAGAAAGUGCUGGGAGGUUAGCUUCACAAGACAAACUUACCACACACAUUAUAAACACACACCUCACCUCAGAUGUAGCUUUGUGUGUCAUGGUAGUAGUUGAUUGUCUGUCUCCCAUCGUCACGCUACAUGUCUGUACAGUGUAGAUAUAAUUAGAGGGGAUGUCUGUCUGUCCGGAUGCUCUGUCAAGUCCAUCCAUCCCUCCGUCUGUCCACAGGUCGCCUGCAAGCUUGACAACCUUGACAGUUCACACCAAAGGUGUCCACAACUCAACAAAAAUACAAAAGCGUUGUUGUUAUUGUUAUGACUAUUGUUAUUGACAUUAUAAUUGAUUACUCUCAGCUAUGGUUAUAUAUAUAUAUGAAAUCUCUCUAUAGCUAGUGGGAGGGGGGGUGGGGGUGCUGUAGUAUAGCAGUACUGUGUGUGCGUGUGUCUGUGUCAUAUACUGUACAGGGGGAGACUGGAGCGCUAACACACGCCAAGGGCCAGGCAAUACAAGCAGCCAACUCAUCUCUGCUCAGUGAGUGAUACCAGCCACUGACCUGUGUCAGGAAGUAAGUCAGACUAGCACCCGGGCCACACUGGAUUUCAGCACAGUUUCAAUGCUUAGGUCACAAACAAUAAUAUUUGCAACAGUUCCUGUGCCUCCUGAAAAGGAAAGCACUCAAGCAUAUGACUGAAUCAAUUCAUCUGAUUUAACAAGGUCUUUAGUGUUAGUGCAGGACUGGAGGAUGAACAGCUUCAAACCGUAGUGUCCUGGCAUUUAGUUGUGUGUGUGUGUGUAUAUAGCCAAAUACAGCAGUCAUACCAGAAACCUCAUGUAGCAGCUUCACAGCCUCACGCUCCCAGUGGCCCGGAUGUUAGGCCAGCUCUCUUUUAGGAGUGCUCAGCUACAAGCCAAUCAAACGUUAUAGAAUCUGAAAAAACUACUAUACGAUAUCAUCACACUCUCUUUUUAAAGAGCAACUCUGGCAUCUCAAUAUUUUAUGUCCAUAAAAGACAGAUAAUGUUUUUACAAUGGCUCCAUUUGAAGCAUCACAGGCAGAGACACUUUGACUGUUAGUCCCUAGGAUGGGUCAAGCUCCCAAAUCACUUGAUCGGGCAGUCUGUUAACCUGUUAAAGUUAACCUGCUCUGAUAGCGCUCUGUUAUCACUGAGAUUUCCCCCUAAAAGUCUGACCACACAUAACUCAUGCAGCUUUGUGAUACAGGCCCCUGAGCAGAUGGGACAGAGGGUUGGCACAACUCUGUUAGCUCAGCCUUUGACUGUUUUUUAUCUGGAGGCCAGGCUGUGACCCUGGACCUGAUCCAAAGCUACGGUUUACCUUCAGCAGUGAUUGGGGCUGCUCUGCUCUGCUCUCUUAAACUCUCCAUCUAACGGGGGCUGACAGUGACAGCUCGCUGCUCAGCCUCCCCUGAUUCAAACUGUUGUAUAUAAAUCUGGAUCUGGUGCUUGGCAUCCAUCAGCUGUGCUGCACUGGCAGCACGGCCUGAGGUUGUAUCAUUGGUGCAAUUUUAACUCUAAUCAUGCUAAGAGACGGUGCAACCCACUCUCAUUGUAGCGUUCACUGUUCAGUCUCUGUCUGUGUGUCUCGGGUAUAGUGUCCUGACACAAAGCCGGACCCAGUCUCCCACUGUUGAGGUUCUCUGUUAUUAAGCUGAUGUUGUAUUUUAUUAACACACGCACACGCUCACUCGACUUUGCUGCUAGUGUGCGUUUCCAUCCAAACACCUGACUGGGCGAUGGUGGCACGCUACACUUCUGUAAAACCAAUCAACCCAGAUGUGCCUGUGACACAUCUAUGUGACUUGUGUGAGGUAACAAAUUGACCUGUCUACACACACACACACCAAAUGUACAAAGUCAACCCAUUCUACACAGCAAUGCUGGCUACUGCCAACAGUGGCUGGUUGUGUAUAUUAGCUUGCUGUGUGCGAGGCCAGCGGUGUAUACAAACAGCUAGUUCAUAGAGUGUACCUGAGCUGUGGCUUGGCACAGGACGAGAAUAUGUGUGUGUGAGAGUGUGCGUGUGUUGUCACCACAUCUGUAAGUAAACCAAAUAUCAUUUUCACUAUGCAGUCAUUCAAACCAUGUCAGCUUGCCUGGAUGGGGGGGAAGCCUCCUGUACAUACACAGAUAAACCGCAAUUAGCGAAGCCGUGUUUUGGUUUUGUUGCCCCCACCGCCCACAGCUAGCUCACAGAGAAAUACCAGAGCGAGAGAAGUGUUUUGAAUGAACUGACAAAUACUUAAGGAUUGUACUGGGGUCAGGGAGGGAUGUGGGUUAGACUGGGGUUUGUAGUUUUUGGGGGAGAUACAGAUCAAUGCUGUAAAGUAUAUCGAUUGCAUGUUAUUGUCAUGCUGUAACUGCUAUUUUUUUGUUUUGUUUUGGUCGGUUGGGGCGGGGAUGCACAGAACUUUAUCCUUAUUUAUGAUUUUUACACAUAUAGUCUGUGUUUGUAGUUUUUAGGGAAAAUGUCGACUUCAUUGUGUUCUUAGGAAAAGACACACUUUUUUGCCUUUUUUUUCUGUCAAAUUUGCUAUAUUUGUUUUCACUUUGGACCCGUUACUAGAAGACGCAGAGGAGGAGCUGUAUCUUUAUUAGCAGACAGUGUUUGUUUGAAAAAAAUGUCCUUUUUCCCCUCAUUCAUGUGCCGUGUGCCGUGUGUCUCUUUUCAUUUAGCAGUGUGAGCAAGCGGAGACGGGUGUGUGAUGUUUAUUCGUUUACCAAAAGUCUUUAUUGAUGGUGAUUAUUAUCAUUAUUAGCUUUUAAUUUUGUUUGUUGUUAUGUCGAUUUUUUUGUUUUAUGAUUACUAUUAUAACUGUUUUUAUUAUUAUAAUUUUUUUUUAUUAUUAUUAUUCAGGGCAAAGAUGACACCAAAUUGAACAAAUAAAUUAAUGGGUGAUCCCAGACAGAGCU